AUGAAGCUUUCUGCAAGCCUUCUUGUUGUGGCCUGUGCCAUUGCCAAUGCGCAUUAUACAUUCCCCAAGCUUAUUGCAGGAGGCGUGACGACUGCAGACUGGCAAUAUGUUCGCAUGACAGCAAACCACUUCGAUCGCUCUCCUGUUACGGACGUCAACAGCGUCGAUAUUCGCUGCAAUCUCGAUCCAUCUCUUCCCGCUACCCAGACUAUGCCCGUCGCUGCCGGCUCCCAAGUUGGUUUUACCGCCAGUCCUCCCAUAUUUCAUAGCGGUCCCCUCCAGUUUUACAUGGCCAAGGUGCCCAGUGGCCAGACUGCUGCGAGCUGGGAUGGGUCUGGUGAGGUCUGGUUUAAGAUCUAUGCUCUUGGACCAACAAUUACCCCAUUAUCCAUUACAUUCCCCGCCCUUUUUAUGGAGAGAGUAUACGUCACAAUUCCGAAGUCCCUCCCCUCUGGCGACUAUCUUCUCCGCGUUGAACACAUCGGUUUGGACUCUGCCAUGUUCCCUGGAGCAGAAUUUUUCGUAUCAUGUGCUCAAAUAACCGUCACAGGAGGUGGCAGUGGAAAUCCUGGCCCUCUUGUCUCUUUCCCGGGAGCUUAUAGUCCGACAGACCCUGGUAUCAAGUAUAAUAUCUGGGCUCCCUUCCCAACUAGCUACAAUCUCCCAGGCCCAGCUGUUUGGUCGGGUUAA